AUGGCGUUUGUCAAGGCCCAGAAAUCAAACGCCUACUUUAAGCGCUUUCAAGUCAAAUUCAAGAGAAGGAGACAGGGGAAGACUGACUACCGAGCUCGUAUUCGCUUGAUCAAUCAGGACAAGAAUAAGUACAACACUCCAAAAUACCGAUUUGUUGUGCGAUUUACCAACAAAGAUAUCAUUGCCCAAAUUGUGUCUGCUAGUAUCACUGGUGACCAUGUCCUUUCUGCUGCUUACGCACAUGAGCUGCCUCGUUAUGGCCUUGAAGUGGGCCUCACCAAUUAUGCUGCGGCAUAUUGCACUGGACUUCUUUUGGCUCGACGAGUCUUGAAAAAGCUUGAGAUGGACCAAGAGUAUGAAGGAAAUGUUGAGGCCUCUGGAGAGGAUUACUCUGUUGAACCUGCUGAAACCAGAAGGCCUUUCCGUGCACUUCUUGAUGUUGGUCUCUUGAGGACUACAACUGGUAAUCGCGUCUUUGGUGCUCUCAAGGGUGCUCUAGAUGGUGGACUUGAUAUUCCCCACAGUGAUAAGAGGUUUGCUGGAUUUAGCAAAGAUAGCAAGCAACUCGACCCUGAAGUGCAUCGAAAGUACAUCUAUGGUGGCCACGUUGCUGCUUACAUGAAUACUUUGAUGGAAGAUGAGCCUGAGAAGUACCAAUCUGUGUUUAGCCAGUAUAUUAAAAAGGGUAUUGAAGCUGAUAACAUUGAAGCUUUGUACAAGGAGGUCCAUGCAGCCAUUCGUGCUGAUCCCACAGAAAAGAAAUCUCAGAAGCAGCCUCCAAAGGAGCAUAAGAGAUUCAACCUGAAGAAGUUGACGUACGAGGAGAGGAAGGCCAAAUUGAUCGAGAGGUUGAACGCUCUGAAUGCUGCUGCAGGAAAUGAUGACGAUGAUGAGGAUGACGAUGAAUGA